GCUGUCAUUCUCGUCUUGCUCGCCAAAUAUCUCCUCGAUGUGUUCCCGUAGGUAUGCGUCGAACCUCCCGGUGCGCCUUUCAUGCAUGGCCUUUCUCGCUUGGUUCUGCCACCCUUUCUCGUAAGAGCCGUCGCGUAUGUCUUUCCCGAACCUUGAAACGGCAGCUUUGACGUACGUGUCGUCCAGUAUGAAAUCCAUGGCAAGAGGGCAGAGGAGUCUCCCAGACCCAUCAACCUCGUAUUUGCGAUACUGCGGCGGUAAGGUAUCAAUGAUGGCGCGUUUUUCGUCUUCGCUAUAUCUGUCAUUCCACCCUGCAAUACAUGUGAUCAGGAACGCGUGAAUAUCCUUGGUGAUUAUAGGUGAUGUGGAAUUAAGGAUCCGAAGGGACGACCACGGGCCCGUAUUCCGUUUCGGUCUCUUCGA